AUGGACGAUCAGGCGCCCAUGGAGGGCCAAGAGGAUACCUUCGGUGGUAUCGAGGGCUCUCCGAACAUGGCAGGCGGCCACGGCUUCGAGAACGGCCACCCCCGUCAACACCCGUCGCAAUCCUUCGACUCAGCUAUGGCUGAUGCCCCCUACUCCCCAGACGAAAUGGACCCUGCAGCACGAUACACCACUCCUCCGAUCCCACAGAACGCACAAGCGGGUUCAAACAUCUCUAGACCGCCCUCGCAGGUCUCCAGCCAAGGCUUCGCGGAUCGCGGGUCCGCACCCUCAGAGAGCGCCGCAAACGGCCGAAACCACGUUGUAAUAAAAGUCGGGAUGGUGGGAGACGCGCAGAUCGGCAAGACGUCAUUAAUGGUCAAAUACGUCGAGGGCAGCUGGGACGAGGACUACAUCCAGACCUUGGGCGUCAACUUCAUGGAGAAGACAAUCAGCAUCCGGAACACGGAGAUCACCUUCAGCAUCUGGGAUCUGGGCGGACAGCGCGAGUUCGUCAACAUGCUUCCACUGGUCUGCAACGAUGCUGUCGCCAUCCUGUUCAUGUUCGAUUUGACGCGCAAGAGCACUCUGAACAGCAUCAAAGAGUGGUACCGCCAAGGACGUGGCUUCAACAAAACAGCCAUUCCUAUCCUGGUCGGCACCAAGUACGAUCACUUUGUGAACUUCCCACGUGAGGACCAGGAGGAGAUAUCGAACCAGGCACGCCGUUUCGCAAAGGCGAUGCGUGCUGCUCUCAUUUUCAGCAGCACCAGCCACAGUAUCAACGUGCAAAAGAUCUUCAAGAUUGUGCUGUCUAAGGCAUUCGACUUGAAGUGCACAAUACCCGAGAUUGAGAACGUCGGCGAACCGCUUCUCCUUUACCAAAACUGCUAG